CGCUCUCUCCUAUCAUCUAGCCUAUAUUCUGAAACCAGUUCCGUAUUCAGCGCUACUUUAAUGUAACGUCGGUGCGCACACCAUACGGCGUGUAGGUUGUAUAAUUAUCGGAUAAGAUCACACCAUCUCGACCAUGGAGCCUUGAACUGGAAGACACCCACAGCACCACAGAGAUGAAAACGCAGCACACUUGAUAUCUCCCUGGAGGGGAAACCUGAAUUAAGAUGAAGCGACUGAAGGGGAAAACCCAACAGUGUGGAUCAUUGCAGAAAGUCCUGUGAACACUGACCUCCAGCCCCCAUCCUCUCAUCAUUCCUUUCCCCCAAAUACACAACACUCCCAUUCAUCACCACUCCUGCUCUGGUCCAAGAUGACCUCACCGAGAAAGCACCUGGUCAAGGAUUUCAACCACUUUAUCACAUGCUACGUGUGCAAAGGAUACCUGAUCAAGCCCACCACGGUGACAGAGUGCCUGCACACCUUUUGUAAAAGUUGCAUCGUCCAACACUUUGAAGACAGCAACGACUGCCCCAAAUGUGGCAUCCAAGUCCAUGAAACCAACCCUCGAGAGAUGUUAAGGUUGGACAACACUUUAGAGGAAAUCAUUUUCAAACUCGUUCCUGGGCUAAGAGAAAAAGAACAACAGCAGGAGAUCGAGUUCUGGAGGAGUCGAAAGUGGAAGGAGAAUGGAGAAGAAGACGGCCCCCGAUCGAAGAGAUCCAGGCUGGAUGACGACGAUGAUGGUGGUGGUGGUGGGGAUGGAGACUACCACAGGAGUGACCCGCAGAUAGCCAUCUGUCUUGGCUGCUGUUGCGUAGACAGUCUGGUGGGAGAGAGCGUUGUUAAGGGUUUAAUGAAGAAAUUUAUACGCUGCUCGACUCGAGUGACAGUCGGAACAAUCAAGAAGUUUCUCAGCUUGAAGUUAAAGCUUCCAAGUUCUUAUGAGCUAGACGUCCUAUGCAACGGGGAGAUCAUGGGAAAAGACCACACCAUGGAGUUCAUCUACAUGACGCGGUGGAGACUUCGCGGUGAAACCGCCUACCCAAUGGUACUAGAAUAUCGGCCACGGAUAGACUUUGGUUGACGGAGAGAGACGUGGGACUACUCCUGCACUAACAGCCCAUUGACAGACUACACAAUGAAUGGAUGUGCCUGGCACAAGAGACAAGGACCACGUCUUCCUAUCAUCUGCAUGCAGUAGUUCGUUAUUGCCUCUAAUCUCAUUCUGUUCUUGUAUGAUAUCUUCCAGUUUCACAGAUAUCUUCCAGUUUCACAGAUAUCUUCCAGUUUCACAGAUAUCUUCCGGUUUCACAGAUAUCUUCCAGUUUCACAGAUAUCUUCCAGUUUCACAGAUAUCUUCCGGUUUCACAGAUAUCUUCCAGUUUCACAGAUAUCUUUCAGUUUCACAGAUAUCUUUCAGUUUCACAGAUAUCUUUCAGUUUCACAGAUAUCUUUCAGUUUCACAGAUAUCUUUCAGUUUCACAGAUAUCUUUCAGUUUCACAGAUAUCUUCCAGUUUCACAGAUAUCUUCCAGUUUCACAGAUAUCUUCCGGUUUCACAGAUAUCUUCCAGUUUCACAGAUAUCUUCCGGUUUCACAGAUAUCUUCCGGUUUCACAGAUAUCUUUCUAAAGCGCAACAAGGGUUUAAGAACAUGCCUGCAUAUCAUGGUGUAUUAAUGCUUGGAAACGUACCAAAAUGUAAUUGACUGAAGUGUGAAGACCUGCCACAUCACUCGAAAGUGUUCAGAAUAAUACAAAGUGAAAUGACUAGUAAUCCACUGUUACGCAACACAAGAAAGAUAUUCCAAGACAAAGUUGUACACUGGCAAACGGCCCAUAAUAUUUUCCCCUAUCUCCUAUCUAUGCUGGAUUUAGUGUCUUACAUGACCUCUCCCCUUCUGUUUUUAAUCAUUAAAGGGGCAACCAGCAGUUGCCACAUCCAUUUUUGGCCAUAUACAUGAACCAUAUAUACCCAUUGAUUCUUGAAGAAUUGAACUUAUAAAUGCCUCGCGAGCUUAGUUCAACUGUCGUGCCCAAUCUGAACCCAAAAUAUAAGCUUGUUUUACUCCAAUGUAAAUGUAAACAAACUGUAUAUAUCCUCAAAACAUGGUUAAAACUAUAAUUGUAAUAUCAUGGAAGGUCAGUUCUUGCAUCCAUAGCUCUGUCUAUAAAUUUGAGUGGUUGCAUUUCUCCAGCCCCAUCCUUAGCCUUGACUGAAAUGGGGACGGGGGAAUAGGCUUUGUUAUUGUUUCUACUAAUGAGUGCCGCUUUAACUAUGGUAGUGCCUUUCCCCACGUGUCUCUCUUUCAGUGGAGUGCGAAAUCCAAACCGCUCUUCAUAUCAAAUUCCUUGUUUUUUUAACCUUUUAUUUAACUAGGCAAGUCAGUUAUGAACAAAUUCUUAUUUUCAAUGACUGCCUAGGAACAGUGGGUUAACUGCCUGUUCAGGGGCAGAACGACAGAUUUGUACCUUGUCAGCUCGGGGGUUUGAACUUGCAACCUGAAUGGGGCUACCCUGCCGCCCCAUUCAGCCUAGCGGAGUCAAAAAGCCCCAUGUUAUAGCUUAUGGGUCAUUCUACAGAAAAUGUGCAAAUCGGGGGCUGAAUUUUUGUAAGAAUUUGUAUCCUAUUUUUUUUUUUCUCCCCAAACUUGUCUUCCAACAUAUGUCAGGUAGACAUGCUGUAUAAGCUACUUGUACACUUUGUAUUGCAUAUUUGACCUGUAUUCCUUACCACCCUACUAAAUAUGUAACUAUGGAAACAUAGUGAACAAGUUGCGGUAAAGGGAGAACCGUGCACAGUAGUGAUCAUUUUGAUUUACAGAUUUAAUUUGCAUAACAAAAUAGUAAAAACAUAAAUAUAAUCUUGUUUGUUCUCUGUGAAAUGUUGAUUGAUUGAAUUACUUCUGCAUCUAAUUUAAUUGUGUUUUUAGUUGUUUAAAUGAUCACUUUACCUAGCUUUAUUUUGGCAAAAUACCAGGCGUUUCUGUGUCAAGUGUCAAUCAUAGAGAUCCAUGGAGCAAACACACUAGGUGGCUAUAACCCUGAAUUUGUGUGGUUUUGAGUUCAUGAGCCCUUUUAAUAAAUUGUAAGAAACUCAAGUAGGAUGAAUUUGAGUAUAGUAGAGCACAGUACAUUAUAGUAUAACACAGUAUAGUAGGGUACAGUAUAGCACAUUAAAGGUGUCUACGUUUUGGCCAAAUGUCAGUGUUUUGGCUCUUGGAGGGUUGGAGCCCUCCUCCUGGCCAUGCAUCUUAAUACUUGACACUUUUUCCUGAAGUGUGCACUUGUCCACUACCCACAUGGUGGACCUCUCUUUCUCAGUUGGUAGAACAUGAUGCAUAAAACCUUCACUUGGAGAUAGCACCAGUGAGGCUGUCACAGAUACCAUAAUGGCACAGAUACAAAGAUGAGAACUCUAUAUAUCUGUAUGGUGUCAAUUAUUUCGGUCGUAACCGUUUUGGUUUGGACAAUUUUGACACAUUUUGGACUUUAAAGAAUCGCCAUAGCUAACAUAUAGCUGGCUAUCUUUCAUUUGGGCAGAUGUACAUCGCAAAACCGUGCUUUACAUAGUAAUUGAUUAUACUAGAUGUUCGGCAGUGACACUGCUUAAAAAUACACGCAGACUUGCUCACCAUGUGGUCAUGCUGGAGAGGGGUGGGCUAAGACACUGCAUUUCAAUACAAGAGGCGUCACUGCAGUAACUGGUUCGAAUCCAGGCUGCAUCACAUCCGGCCGUAAUUGGGAAUCCCGUAGGGCGGUGCACAAUUGGCCCAGCGUCGUUAGGGUUUGGCCGUCAUUGUAAACAAUAAUUUGUUCUUAACUGACUUGCCUAGUUAAAUAAAGGUUCAUGUAAAAAUAAUCCCAUCACCUGGUGAUAUUUGUAAGGGUAUGGUUUAAGGCACAUUCAUUCUACAGUCUUUAAAUGUGUGUGUUUCAGUAGUGCCAUCAACAGGAGGGACAGCAUUUAUUUGAAAAAGAAAUGUUAAAUUAAACAAAACUACUAAUUAGAUCAGUAUCUUUCAAUGUAAUAAUAUAACUCAAGAUGUUCUAUUCAAAUUGUAGCAUAAAAAAAUGUGCUUUAUUUUCAAACAUGGAGUUUAGGAGUCAGGGUUUGGGACAACACAUCUUAAUAGAAAUAGCUGUAUAAACAAUGACUGUACUAAAUUGUUUAGCCUUCGAUUGAAUUAGAAAAUAUCAUGAUGUAAAUAAAUGUCCUAGGUUUGGAGACUUAACUGUUUAAAAAAUAUAUUUUGAGGGAUGGGACUUCAAUUUGCACCACUUCUGUAGAAUCGCCCAUAUACAAGUACAAGGAAGCUAUGGCUGCCUACCAUAUCCCUAUCUAAAAAUGAGUUAUAUUCUUCCUUUCAAUGCCAUUUUGAUGUUAUUACCACAUAUAAUGCAAUAUGAGUACUGUAAGACUAGAUUUUCUGGAAGAAGGUUAGAAAAAGCGGAGUAUCGCCAACACUGUCUGAAAUGUGUAGCUGUCUGUUUGUGCACUAUGUAAAACAUAUUGGGCAUUAUGGUUCACUUGUACAUAGUGGAGAUUUGUUUAGACUGUUUACUACUAUACUGGAAGUCCUACUGGAUGGCUUAACAUUAAUGUAUUAUCACUGCCCUAUAAAAACUGUCCAGGCUGGCGUGAUAGGGUCCCGCCAUAACCCUCACCAUUUGUUUCUGAUGAUGGAUCAUUAGACAAAUGUUUUAAAGGCUUUUUCCCCUUCACAUACCAUUUAUCUUUUUCUCACUCUCCUCGAAACACCAAAGAAGAAAAGCAGACAUAGCAGUGGUUGUAUUUUAUCUGUUCAAGUUUGACAGAGAUAUUAUAAUCCUAACGUAGACAAAUGUUUGGGGGGACAACUGAAUGCAUUAAACCGAGAUGUACAUAGACAAAUGUUGAGGGUACUGAAGUCAUCUUGGUAGGAAACUAAAUGUGGAGUGCAAUUUGCCAAUGUAUUGGGUCUUUGCAUACAGUAGAUCUCUGUUUGUAUUGGGUCUUUGCACACAGUAGAUCUCUGUAUUGGGUCUUUGCACACAGUAGAUCUCUUUGUAUUGGGUCUUUGCAUACAGUAGAUCUCUGUUUGUAUUGGGUCUUUGCAUACAGUAGAUCUCUGUUUGUAUUGGGUCUUUGCAUACAGUAGAGCUCUGUUUGUAUUGGGUCUUUGCACACAGUAGAUCUCUGUUUGUAUUGGGUCUUUGCAUACAGUAGAUCUCUGUUUGUAUUGGGUCUUUGCACACAGUAGAUCUCUGUUUGUAUUGGGUCUUUGCACACAGUAGAUAGAUCUCUGUUUGUAUUGGGUCUUUGCACACAGUAGAUCUCUGUUUGUAUUGGGUCUUUGCACACAGUAGAUCUCUGUUUGUAUUGGGUCUUUGCAUACAGUAGAUCUCUGACAAUAAUAUGUUUAUGUUCAUUUGCAGUUAUGUGAGAGAACCACUCAAUGGACAGAUUGGACACAUUUCUGGCAGCCCCUAAAAGUACAAGUCUUUACAAAUUUCCACAAGUAAAAGUUGUAGUUGAAGCCUACACUCUUAGAAAAUAGGGCUCCAAAAGGGUUCUUCAGCUGUUGCCAUAGGAGAACCCUUUUUUGGUUCCAGGUAGAACCCUCUGUGGAAUGAGUUCAUCAUGGAACCCAAAAGAGUUCUACCUGGAAUCAAAAAGGGUUCUUCAAAGGGUUCUCUUAUGUGGACAGCCGAAAAACCCUUUUAGGUUCUCGAUAGCACCUUUUUUUUCUAAGAGUGUGCCGAGCAUUCUUGUGUACUUUCCUGUUUCACACAUGCUUUUUCCUGUUUGAAAUGGCAUCUCUUAUUUUCCCUAAAAACCCACAUGUAGUGGUUUUAAAAGUCAGCAAAGUAAAUGUUUAGACUGAAUCAUUCUUGAAAUGUCCCUGUGCUGCAAUGAACAAUAUGUAUUUUUGUAACAAGAACUUGUAGAUAUUUUCUUUAAAAAUGAAAUUGUAUGUUGUAUAUUUAACAAACUUAAAAUGCUGCUUAGAAUAAUCUAUUCUAUUUUUCAAUGUCAAUGUGCCUGAUAAGCAUUCCUAGAGAGAUUAGAACUGUACAUAUGCAAGAGCUGCUCUAUAUGUGACAUGACAAAAAUACCAAAAUACAGAACUCAUUG